AUGGAGAAAUCCAAGGAAAUGUAUGCAGAUGCCAUGAUGUCCCAGGAGGAAUGUCCCACUGUGGGCUCCCGGGAGCCGAGGAAGCGAGACCGACCCGUCUCCGGGGCCGACCGGGGCCUCUGCAGCCCCUCGGGGCUGACGGCUGCGGGCUCAGCGCCGGCGGGCGGCAAGAAGGGAGGGGACCGGCCCGACGCCAGAGCUGGGGGCAGCCGGGACGGCACACGACGGGGCCGAGGACCCUCCAUCGUGACCCCUCCUAAGGACAUCUGGAAUGUGACAGGAGCACAGAUCUACCUGAGCUGUGAAGUCAUGGGCAUCCCAACCCCUGUCCUCAUCUGGAACAAGAUAAUUCGGGGACAGUAUGGUGUCCAGAGGAUGGAGCUUCUGCCCGGGGACCGGGAAAACUUAGCUAUCCAGACCCGAGGGGGCCCUGAGAAACACGAAGUGACUGGCUGGGUGCUCAUAUCUCCUCUGAGCAAAGAGGAUGCUGGAGAGUAUGAGUGUCACGCAUCGAAUGCCAAAGGAGAGGCAACAGCUUCUGCAAAAAUCCACGUUGUGGAAACUCUGCAUGAAAUAGCCCUCACCAAAGAUGAUGGUGCAGAGCUGUGAUGUGAUGUGAAGACUUCCACUUAUGCACAGUUUUAAAUUAGCUACAACCUCUGGCUUCCUCUAGCUCACUAAUCAUUCCUUCUUAACUCCCUUAUAGUCUUUGAUUACCAAUUUGCUUGCACACUUCUUUCACAGAUACACAAAUAAAGAGAUUCACAAGUUUAAUUACAAAUUUUAAUUCUAUUUACAGGAAAUAAACAUACUUUUGAACAGCACA